CUAAGGAUACCAUGAUGGUCACGGUGGUAUAUGAUAACUCAGAGGCAAAAGAGCUCUGUGCAGCUCAGCACCUCUACCUCAAGCCCAUAGCAAAAUUGAUGAUCAGCGUAUUGCUCCCAGAGAGUAUAGAACCUAUGAGGCCCUUCUCUAACUGGGAAGUUCUUGACCAGCUGAAGAGUCUCAUUUGCCCUGACCAGUUCACCACAGUUCGGCUCUCCAAGAGUACAAAGGACUUCAUCCGAUUCGAGGGUGAGGCUGAAACGCAAAGUUUGGUUCAGAUCCUGAAGGCGAAGUUGCAUGGGAAGAUCAUCAAACUAAAUGGUUUGAAAACAGACUUAAAAGUAGUGGCUACGGAUGCCCAGGGAGAGUGGGAACACUUCUCUAAGGAAACAGAGGCUUCCUCCAGUGACGGGGCUGAAGAGCAGGACCAUGAUAAGAGCCCAGAUUCCAUAUACUUUGAAGGCUUGCCCUGCAAGUGGUUUGCACCCAAAGGUUCCAGUGGGGAGAAGCCAUGUGAAGAAAUCCUUCGGGUGGUCUUUGAAAGUUUUGGGAAGAUCAAGAAUGUGGAUAUCCCAAUGCUUGACCCCUAUAGAGAAGUGAUGACUGACAGGAACUUUGGGGGUUUUAGUUUUGGCUUACACACAUUUGAGGCCUUCAUACAGUACCAAGAGUCAACUGACUUCAUAAAAGCCAUGGAGUCCCUUCGAGGAAUGAAGCUGAUGCUUAAAGGAGAUGAUGGGAAAUCUCUGGCAUGUAAUAUUAAGGUUAUGUUUGAUACAACCAAACACUUCAGUGAAGGAGCCAUAAGGAGGAGAAAUCAAGAAAGGCUAAAAUUACAAGAGCUGGAAGAAGAAAGGAAAAAAGAAAAGAAGAGAGAAGAGGAAGAGGCUGAAAGAAAAAGAAAAGAGGAGAGAAAAGCCUGGGAAAAGAGGAAGAAGGCCAGGGUCAGGAGGCGAGCCCUGAAGGAAAGGAACAGACACCGGCAGAGGAAGCAGAAGGACGGAGGCAAAGCAGAGGAGCCCCAGCAGCUCGAGGAGUGGGAGGAGAAGAAGUACCUGCUGGCUCAGCAGCGCUUGGAGGCCCUUCGAUUGCUGAGCGUACUCCUGAGGAAAAUUGCAGAAUCCACACAUUUUAACCCACAAGAGGUAGAUGUUACUCUGGGGAACACAUUGGAAACUCUGAAGAAAGAAGAGUUAAACACUCAGUAUCUUCAACAUCAGGAGGAAAUGCCAAACUAUCAGGUUGCCAACUCAGACAAUAAGCAAACACAAAAAAUGAAGAAAAGUGCUAGGGCUCACUUACAUAAAUCUUCCCACCACCUUGGGAAAACAAAAAAAAGACAUUCAACUAAAAAAGAGAGAACUGGAAAUUUAUUAACAGAUGGAUACAAUCGCAGUUUGGUCUCUGGCCAGAAUUCCUUGCAGAUUAUAAUGACUCAAGGUCAGCCUCUUGAGAAAGAUGACCACCACAAUUCUGAUAAAUCCUGUUCUUCCAGAUUAGCUGAGAGAGACCAUGGCAGAAAACAGAAGAUCUAUGAAACAGAUGAAUUUAUUGAUUAUCUGUUAAACUAUUAUCAAAGUCCAAGAUAUGCCCAUUUCAGCCCAGAACCAAGCCACAUAACAAGCACAUGUCAGUGGCAGAGAGCUGUCCAUGCUACAGGAAAUGGAUUUCAAAUCAAUUUGAGAAAAUGUAAGGAAAGCCCAACCAGCUUGAGCCAGAUGCAAAGCCUGGAAAUGAGAGAUCAGGUUCAAGAAGAUGAUUACUGGAUGAAGAUUUGUACUCAGGAUCCUGAGCAUAACCCACCAAAGAGAGGAAAUGUAGAGUAUGCCAAAGAAUGUACUAAGGAAUUUAAAAAUCACUGCAAGGACACAGUCAAUGAAGCUGGUGAGCAGCUGUACCCAGCUUAUGCAAAGAGCCCUCUGUUGGAAGAGACCCAUGCUUACCAGGUUGCAGAUUCCAAAUUCACCAGUGAAAGCCAAGUUUCCUCACCCAACAGGUCAGCACACUUACAUUUGGAGUUGACAGAUUUCUUCGAGGAAAUAAGUAGUGAUUCUGAAUGCUUUAGUGACACCCUUAGCAUAAACAAAGAGGAGAAAGAGAAAUCUGUGGCCACAUAUGAUAGUUCCCCAGAAAAAAGAUCUCUUGACACUGAUGAGAUCAUCACUUGCAAUCGAGAAAUUAGGUCAAGUCAGCAGACCUCAUAUUCAAAGUGGAAACAUGAUGGGGAGGAAAACUACUCUAAAUACAAGUUUAGGAAACCAGGCAAAAGGUCCAACUAUGAAUGGAGAUGUUCGUGGCUUGAAGGUGAAAACAAUUACAUUAGAGAUGAGAAGAGCAACAGCAAAAAGAGGGCAAUCCUAGUCCCCCAAUACUUGUCUGAUGGAGGCUACUACCAUGAAUCUAGGCCUGGUGAUCUAUCAGACAUCACCAGAAAGAGGAGGAAGUUUAGUGAUAGUACACUUGACCGGAUAGUGAAUAGUUGGCCCUCUCGUUUGCCAAUGACACCAUCAAAAAGUGCUGAUGCUUCCUAUUUGGGAGAUUUUCCCAAAAGAAGAGACACCUGGAAGUCAGAAUAUAUGGGCCAGGAGGCAAGAAGGUUUAGAAGAUAUGAGAAUUUGGAAUAUUUUACACUGAAUUCUGGUAACUAUUACCUUAGAUGUAAGAGUCAGGAGCACAUUGACUACAGAAGCUAUGUAGGAAAUCAAUACACUAGUUCCUUAUGUUUCCAAAUGUUUUGAAGGUCUCUUAGAUUAGGAACACCCUUAUUCAUAAUAAAUAAUUUGCAAGAAGAAAAUUUAAAACCAAAUAAAGCUAUGUUAGCAACCACAGAGCAAGAGAGUAACACUUAAAAGCUUGAGCAAGGUCAAAUACAAAACCUUGUUUCUCUUGCCAAAGUAUAAAGCAUAGAUUAAAAUGACUGCAGGUGUGUUGGCAAGCUUUAGAAAUACAAAACACCCAGAUCCUAAAGCUUGGUAAAGCAAUGUGGUUGCAAAACUUCUUAAUCCAAGGAUGUUUUUACAGUUCAACUGCAACUUUAAUUUGGUGCCAGUGAAGGAGCAAAUUAACAUUGAGAGUUGAGAUAGCCAUCUAUGUCUCUUUAGUUGUCAUAACACCAUCAUUUAGUAUCAUUUCUCUUCAAAGGGAACAAUAGUGAACAAAUUAAGGAUCUUUUUACACAUUCUUUGACUUGGUCAGAAACACCAUGUGCAGCAACCAAGUUUCCUGACUUUUAUAUAGAAAUAACAGUAGGUAAAGGAAGAGAGAUGACAGCUAGAACAUACAGUAAACCUCUUCAUGACAUUAGAGGGUUUCAUGAUCACCCACCAGAAGGAAACUCAUCUUAUUAAUAUGCUCACAGUACUCCAGGAGUUGUUCUUUUAGCAGCAAAGUAUUGGAGGAAGAAUCUAAAAAGAGCUCAGAUUGUCCUUUGAGGUUUAAAUGGAUAGUGGACCAUUAGAAGAGUUGUUUUUUGAAGAACCCCAUGUCGUUCCAUCCUAGAAAAGCAACAGGACUGAAGUGAAGCAACCAGUGGGAUUUGCAAAAGAAAAUAUUGAAAGAUCCUGGGGCACCCAUAAUGGUACUUGGGAAGAGAGGACAUGGCAGUAUUCCAUUUCAGGUUAUGUAAUCCUUUCACUCAGGGUUAGGUGACAUCAGUUUUUAAGAAGCCACUGAAUAUCCCCAUAUUGACUUUUAUAAACCAGUAACAAGUGCCUCCUCAAUCCUUAAUAAUGCCAUGCAUGGAGUUAGGAAGAGUCAAGGGCAGAAAAAGCCCAGAGUUUUCAAGCUGGGGAAAAAUUGUAUGUGUGUAGGCUUGUAAACUCUUUUAUU